AUUGGAACUCUCCUUCCCCUUCUGUUUUCAUCUUCUUGUUACAGAAACAGCUGAUUAUAAAUCCCAACAGAGACGCCAUUUUUACUGUUGAAUGAGAAUCAUCAGAUUCUCAAAUAAUCUUUCCUAUGAGCUUUUCAACAAAGUAAUUGACAAUUAGCGCAUUUUGCAACUUCACACAAAAUCCCAAAUUACAUUGAACCAAAAAAAUGGAAUCUUCAAGUGAAAAUCUUGUCAAACCCCUUUUAAACAACCCAUCUUCCAUCAAAACAAAGUCACAAGCUAAGCAACUUCAUGCCCAAAUUGUGAAAACAAGAGGGUCAAGGUCUGUUUCACUUGCCACCAUCAUUCUUGGCAUUUACUCUGACCUUAACCUUCUGAAAGAAUCUCUACAAGUUUUCAACAACUUUCGUUAUGUACCCACUAAAGCUUGGAAAUCUGUUGUCAGGUGUUACUCUUGUAAUGGCUAUUUUCGUGAUUCUUUGGCCUGUUUUGUUGAAAUGAGAAGCUGGGGGAAGUUACCUGGUAGUGAUAUUUUUCCUUCUGUUGUAAGAGCAUGUGCCCAUUUGAAGGAAUUGAGGGUUGGUGAGUCUGUUCAUGGUUGUGUUAUCAGGUUUGGCAUGGAAUCUGAUCUUUAUACUGGGAAUGCACUUAUGAAUAUGUAUGCAAAAUUGCAGGUUUCAUUACAUGACUGCCAUGUGUUUGAUGAAAUUCCCCUGUCAGAUCGCUUUGAUAGUCAUAGAAGCAGUUUGGGUCAAGAUUCUGAGAUUGGAAUUGAUGAUAUUGGAAAAGUACCAGUUUUGUAUCAGGGGACAAGAAAUGAGUUGAUAAGGAGUGAAAAAAGUCAUUUUGAGUCUGUAAGUGGAAGGAGAGUGAAAAAUGCUACAGGAUUAGAUAGUGUGAGUAAGAUUUUUCAAAUGAUGCCGGAUAGAGAUGUUGUUUCGUGGAAUACUGUGAUUGGUGGAAAUGUACAAAGUGGGUUGUAUGAAGAAGCUCUGGAAAGGUUAAGGGAGAUGAGCAAUGCCUAUUUGAAGCCUGACUGUUUCACUUUGUCUAGUGUCCUUCCUGUCUUUGCUAGGCAUGUAGAUGUCUUAAAGGGAAAAGAGAUUCAUGGUUAUGCAAUUAGACACGGGUUUGACAAAGAUGAGUUUAUUGGGAGUAGCUUAAUUGAUAUGUACGCAACUUGUAUCAGGGUUGAGGAUUCUUAUAGGGUGUUUAAUUUAUUAUCAGAAAAGGAUGACAUUUCAUGGAACUCAAUAAUAGCAGGAUGUGUGCAAAACGGUACUUUUGACGAAGGGCUGGAACUGUUUAGGCAGAUGUUAGCUGCUAAUGUCAAGCCUGUGGAAGUUUCUUUCUCAGCUAUACUGCCUGCCUGUGCUCAUUUGACUACACUACAUCUGGGGAAACAGCUCCAUGCAUACAUAAUAAGAGUGGGGUUUGAUCAAAACAUCCAUAUAGCUAGCUCACUUGUGGACAUGUAUGCCAAAUGUGGGAAGAUAAUGACUGCUAGAUGGAUUUUUGAUAGGAUGGAGAUACAUGAUUCAGUUUCAUGGACGGCCAUAAUCAUGGGGUAUGCAUUGAAUGGUCAUUCCCGCGAGGCAACUAUUCUUUUUAAAAAUAUGCAAUGUGAUAAGAUAAAGCCCAAUGCUGUGGCUUAUCUAGCUAUUUUAACUGCUUGCAGCCACGCUGGUUUAGUUGAUGAAGGUUGGAAUUAUUUUACAAGUAUGAGCAGACAUGGUGUUUCUCCUGACCUCGAGCACUAUGCUUCUAUUGCAGACCUUCUUGGUCGUGCUGGAAGAUUAAUGGAAGCUUAUAAAUUUAUCACUGACAUGCCUAUUAAGCCCACUGGGAGUAUAUGGGCUACGCUGCUUUCAGCUUGCCGAGUUCACAAAAAUGUUGAACUGGCUGAAAAAGUUGCCAAAGAAAUGACUAUAGCUGAUCCUGGGAACAUGGGACCUUAUCUGCUCUUGUCAAAUGUGUAUUCUGCAGCUGGGAGAUGGAAAGAUGCAUCAAAAUUAAGAACUAAUAUGAAGAAGAAAGGAAUGAGAAAACCACCAGCUUGCAGCUGGAUAGAAGUUAGGAACCAGGUGCAUGCUUUUGUCUCGGGAGAUACAUCUCACCCAUAUUAUGAUCAGAUACAUGAAGCACUAAGAGAUCUUUAUGAACGGUUAAAACAAGAAGGUUACGUUCCUGAGACGAGUGAGGCACUACAUGAUGUUGAUGAGGAGCAAAAGAGUGAUAUGCUCUUUACUCAUAGUGAACGGCUUGCAAUAGCAUUCGGCAUUAUUAGUACACCUGCUGGGACAACCAUUCGCAUAACCAAGAAUGUCCGUGUAUGCGUAGACUGUCACACAGCCAUAAAGUUCAUAUCCAAAAUUAUGGGGAGAGAAAUAAUUGUUAGAGAUAAUAAUCGAUUUCACCUUUUCAAACAUGGGAAUUGUUCAUGUGGAGACUAUUGGUGAUGGUAACUAUGGAGAUGUGUCCAUAAUGUAGCAUAAAGGGCUUUAUUAUAAGCAAUAAAAGGGGAAAACACAUCUGGGAAGGUUUCUAGGAAAUGACAGAGAUUAUAUAGGUGUUCAGACAGUCUCUAGUAUUUGUAUUUUAUGAGAAAAUCCAGAGAUCAUGCCUCAGCGCUUUGAUAUGAAAGUUGUGCGGUCUUCCGAACGCUGUUCAACUGUAUGGUAUUUGAGGCAUGGAUAUCAUCAAUCCAUUCAGCUAGCAAACUGGAUAAAUCGCCUGAUAUGAGCUUUCAAUUUCCCCUGGUGUUACGAAAGGUUAGAGACCUUGAAGCCGUAAUAUUCUUGAGCUUACGGCUGUUGUGCCUUCAUUGGUGAUGGUGUUUUGGAAUUCCACAAGGUCAUAUAGAAGUGAGGAGGAUUCUUGGAACUUGACGUUUAACUUUAAAAUUUUUCCUGUAACUUACAAAUUUUUCUGCAACUUUAGAAUAUUUUGUACAACCUGAAAAAGAGAAGUUGUGAGAAAACCGUGAAAUCUUUGAUGUCAAAAGUAAUGCUAUCCUUGUCAUUUAGAAGCUAUCUUUGUGGAUAUGAUUAAGUAUUGAUAGUCCCUUGUGAUGGGUAAGAUAUGGAACUUCUGAAUGGUCAGUAGCUUUUUCUUUCUUUUCAGGACUGCUUAUUACAUUCGUUGCACUUACUUGUUGCUGAAAAGUUUAGGAGCUCUCACCAAUUCUAGCAAAGAUUUCAUUCCUCUUCUACUGGAAUGAUGCUUGCUAGAUAUCUGGUCAAGCUGCAAGAACUACUAUCUUCAUUGGAGAUUUCAAGCUAUACAUGAAAAAUCACAGCAAUUUCCCUGUUCUACUGAAGUAGUUUAUCAUGAAUUCAAGGCAC